AUGUAGUCCUCGCACAGAAGCCCCCUACCUUCCGCAUGUGCGUGGACUACACCGAUCUCAACAAAGCAUGCCCUAUGGAUCCAUUCCCUCUACCAAACAUUGAUCAAUUGGUGGAUGAGACCGCAGGGUGUGAGAUCAUGUCCUUCCUCGAUGCCUUCCGAGGGUACCAUCAAAUUUUCAUGCACGAGGAGGACGCCGAAAAAACUGCCUUCAUGACUCCCGAGGGCAUCUUCUGCUACCUAGUGAUGGCCUUCGGCCUAAAGAACUCGGGGGCCACUUACACCCGGAUGGUGGCCCGGGUCUUUCAAGCCGUCCUAGGGUGCACCAUGGAGGCCUAUGUUGACGACAUGAUCGUCAAGAGCAAACAAUCUUCCAGCCAUGCUGACGACCUCCGGGAAAUCUUCGCCAUCAUGCAAAAAUUCAACCUUCGGCUAAACCCGAAGAAGUGCACCUUCGGCGUCCAAGGGGGCAAGUUCUUGGGUUACAUGGUGAGCCGAAGGGGUAUUGAGGCCAAUCCCGAGAAGAUCCAGGCCAUCAUCAACAUGGAGCCCCC